AACCUCAAACUCAUAACAAACCGAAGACAUUGAUUUCCUUGAUGGUUUUCUCCUUAAUUGCUCAUUUCAUUGCGAUCCGAAGCCGCCACCAACAUUAACAAAUAAUUUAUUGGUUUUGGUUAGUAUAUUUGGGUUUUGCUGAAAAUGGAGCCAUUAGGAGAAGAUGACCUAAGUCAAUUAAAGGAAAUUUUCGCAAGGUUCGACAUGGAUUCCGAUGGCAGCCUAACGAUUCUAGAGCUUGCGGCACUGCUAAGAUCGAUUGGGAUCAAGCCAUCAGGUGAUCAAAUCCAUGUUUUGUUAGCCAACAUGGAUGCCAACGGCAAUGGUUCGGUUGAAUUUGAUGAACUAGCCAGUAUAUUGCCUGAACUUACUGGAGAAAUAUUGAAUAACCAAGAGCGAUUAACGGAGGUGUUUCAAUUGUUUGAUCGUGACGGCAAUGGAUACAUCACCGCAGCGGAGCUCGCUGGUUGCAUGGCCAAAAUGGGAUAUCCAUUGACCUAUUCAGAGCUAACUGAGAUUAUUAAAGAGGCUGAUUCCGAUGGGGAUGGUGUCAUUAGCUUCACUGAAUUUUCUUCUAUAAUGGGAAAAUCAGCCCUGGAAUUUCUAGGUAUUAGUCUGUCAUCAUGACCCUAGAUUUGAUCUUUUCUACUCUUUUUUCUUCUGGGGAUUGUUGUAGGAACCUGAUCCCUCGGUUAAAUGUUUGAUAAUAUUUCCAAGAACAAUGUUCCAGGCAAAUUGCUUCGUUUGAAGGGCCACAUGAAACCACUUCUUGUUACCCCUUAUCUCCAUUCCGUCAAGGUCUAUGUCAUCUUUUCUUGUCUGGCUGAGUUUGAUGAAGAUGACUAUAUACAUAUUGAUAGUUGUAAAUAUUAGAUCAAGGAAUGAAAUAUCCAUGUUUUUCACA